AUGCCAAGGCGCGGGAAGAGGGAUCACGACGAAGCCUCCAUGGAUGGUAGCGGGGACGCGAACGGCUUUGACCUGGACUUUGAGAACAUCCUGAAGCAACUCAAGCCGAAGAAGGACGAGAAUCCGCAGAAGAAGAAGAAACUUGAGACACUGUGUAAAGCACAGGCGGCAACACUCAAGCAGACCGUGCAAUCCUCGCUUCAAGCUGUCGAGGAACGCUUGAACGAACUCAAAGCGAAGGAAGGGGUCGAUGACUCUCGUCGCGUGUUGCUCGAGGAUUCACAGCGUUGGGCCGUCGUUCUUACUGCAUUUCAGGACCUGUCUGGCCAAUACGAAGAGGCCGUCAGAGCGACGCAGAAGACGCACGAGGAGCAGUUGAAGAAGCAAGAAGCCGAGUUCCUUCAGACACUGGAGGAGAUUACAGCAGCUUACCACUCUUACCACGCCCAGGUACAAGCCGAGGUGGAGACGCUGCGAACGCGCCUGCGGCAGCAAUCAACAGCCAUCGUCAAGCUCUUGUGA